AUGGCAGAGAAAGAUGCGAUGGCGAGAAGCGACGGUGGAAAUGGCGGUGCGAUUAGGGUUAGCGGAAUGCAGUUCUCGUACGAAUUUCAAGAUCCUGUAUUCUUCGAUUUCAACCUCGAUCUACCCGCCGGAUCUCGUUGCCUCUUGGUUGGUGCCAAUGGAUCUGGCAAGACAACUUUAUUGAAGAUUUUGGCUGGAAAACAUAUGGUUGGAGGGAAGAACGUUGUGCAAGUGUUGGAUCGCUCAGCUUUUCAUGAUACAGAGCUUGUUUGUAGUGGUGACUUGUCUUACCUCGGAGGUUCAUGGAGUAAAACCGCUGGUUCUGCUGGUGACAUUCCUCUUCAGGGAGAUUUCUCAGCAGAACAUAUGAUUUUUGGAGUUGAAGGGAUUGAUCCUGAGAGAAGAGAGAAGCUGAUCGAUCUUCUUGAUAUCAAUCUUCAGUGGCGUAUGCACAAGGUUUCUGAUGGGCAGAGACGUCGAGUGCAAAUAUGCAUGGGUCUUUUACAUCCAUUCAAGGUAUUAUUACUGGAUGAGGUUACUGUGGACCUCGACGUUGUUGCUAGGAUGGAUUUGUUGGAAUUCUUCAAAGAAGAAUGUGAACAGAGAGGAGCAACAAUUGUAUAUGCAACUCAUAUAUUCGACGGACUAGAGACAUGGGCUAGUCAUCUGGCGUACAUUCACGGCGGUGAGCUGAAACUCUCGGCCAAGCUGGACGAUGUCAAGGAACUGAAAACCUCACCUAAUCUGCUCUCUGUGGUUGAAUCUUGGCUUCGUUCUGAAACCAAAGUUGAGAAGAAAACUAAGAAGAAACCUCUUGUUAACUCUCCGUUUAUGUCGUCUCGACAAAUGGCUUAUUACCGAUGA